CCCCAGCGCACGAGGAUAAUACGGUAACAGGUAAUAAUGGCACUCCACCCACCACCACCAGCAACGGCCACCCCUAUUCCCACCCACAGCACUGACUACGAGACAACCCACUUCCGUAGCGAGCCCAACUACCUCCACCUAAAAGAGCACUGCCGCGACCACCCCUUGGACUUUGACGCGCCGGAACUCGGAAGCGAACAUGAGGCCACCCACAACGACUACGAGGAGGAGUACAAGGACGACGCCAACGAGGUGCAAAUGGACGACGCGGGUCGCUACAUGGCCGAAGAGGAGUAUAUGCAGAGCGACGGGCGGAUAGACUGUGAUGUGAUGGAGGAGGAUGUGCGGUGGGAGCGACAUGGGGAUGGGCAUGGCGACAUCUUGGCGAAUGGCGUUAACGGCGAGCCCUCCGCAUCACAUACGAUGGUGGUAGACGAUACCCAUACGAUAUCCAUCAACGACACGGGAAGGCAUAUGCAACAGAGAGACGGGGCGAUACGGAACCAGCAGAACGACCAGGAGAAGGAAAAGCAGUCCGAAGACAAUGUGAAAGCCCGGUUGCUGAUCAACCCCAACAAGGCUGGAACGCAGCAUGUGGACAAGGAGCGGAUACAGGAGAUUAUCUAUGAGGCUUCAAAGGGCACACCCUUCUUUUUGGACCAACAACGCCGCGACGCCCUCCUCACCUCCAAAAUAACCCACUACACCCGUCUCGCAACUCACAUCCGCUCCCUCCCCUCCCUCACCCGCGAACAAUCUUACAUCGCCUCCUACACCUCCACCCUCCUCUCUGCCGCCGCCCUCCAACCCCCGCGAACAAUCGUCUGCGUCGACAUGGACGCCUUCUACGCCUCGGUAGAGGAACUCGACCAACCCCACCUCAAACACUUACCCAUGGCCGUCGGCAGCAUCGGCAUGCUGACAACGGCGAAUUACGAGGCCCGCAAAUACGGCGUUCGGUCCGCUAUGCCAGGAUACAUCGCCCGUAAACUCUGUCCCCGGUUGGUCAUCGUCAAACCGAGCUUUGAGAAAUAUACCCGCGUAAGCACCGUCGUCCGCCAAGUCUUUGCGAAAUACGACCCACACUUUGUAUCCAUGUCCCUCGACGAAGCCACCCUCGACCUCACGCCUUACCUCACCGCCCAUCCUACUCAAACACCCUCGGAAAUCGUCCAACAGCUCCGAACCGAUAUAUUCACAACAACAGGCCUAACAGCCUCCGCCGGAAUCGCCCCGACAAAACCCCUCGCGAAAGUCUGCUCGGACCUCAAUAAACCCAACGGGCAGUACGUCCUCACACCCGCCGCCGUCCCAGCUUUCGUCGAAUCCCUUCAGAUCAGAAAAGUACCGGGGAUCGGGAGAGUGAAUGAACGGAUAUUGAACGCACUGGGGAUCCGCACGUGUGGGGAGAUGAGGAGGGAGUUGGUGUUGAUAUAUAAGCUGUUUUCGCCCAUUUUCUUUGCGUUCUGCGCACGGACGGCGCUUGGGUUGCCGCCAUCACCCGCUCCAUCGGAUGGCGAGAACGCAGGGGAGCGGAAGAGUAUUGGAGUGGAACGCACCUUUGCGCCGAUCGCAACCCGCGAGGAGAUGUAUGCCAAGAUCGGGCAUCUGGCGAGCCUGCUGGAGGAGGAUCUGCGCCAGGCCAACAGGAAAGGGCUGCGUGUCACACUCAAGUUGAAAAGCGCCGACUUCAGAUCCUGGAGUCGGGCAAAGACUCUGGAACGCUUUGUAUGGAAACGCGGGGACAUCGAACGUGUUGCGAGGGGGUUGUUGGAUCGGGAGUGGGAGGCGAUGAUGAAGGGGGGAGGAGGAAUGAAGUUGAGGUUGAUGGGGCUGAGCAUGUCGAAACUGGCUGUACGGUCGCUCCAUCCCGGGCCUGCCGAGUCGUCGCCGCACGGAGCCGAUGAACAGGCCGAAGGGCGGGAGGGAGAUGAGGAGCAGGGAGAGAGCGGGGUGAUCAACCGCGCGGUGGGACGGACGACGGCGGGCUUCUUUGCGCCCAUCAUACGUGACGCCGACGCGGAACGGAAACGGGAACGCGAGUUUGGGAUCGUCAAGUUCCUGGUGCUCGAUUCCGAGGUCGACCCACAUGGAGGUCCGGCGGCCAGACACGGGGAUCCUGACGACGACCACGACGACGACGACGCAGCGGAGAACACCACCCGCAACAAAAAACGUAAGUUGGACGCUGACGAAAACGGAGACUCUGCCACCCACCCGACGUGUCCGGUCUGCGGGAAAGUCUUCCUGUUCCGUGGCCUAAGCAACGGCAAGGGCAUGGAAGCACCGGAUGGGGUUGAGAAAGGCGACGAGGCGGCCGAACGCGCGAUGAACGAGCAUGUCGGGCGGUGUCUGGACGAGUCGCUCGGUAACCCAAACCAUACCCACGACCCGCCGUUGAACCCUGAUAACCUCGACCCGGUCCCACCCGCGACGAAUCCCUCCGCAACCGCUGCAGCGAACCAACCCGAACGCACAGGCAUCCGCAAAUGGGUCGUGUCCACCCCCGCCGCCCCGACGUCGAAUACGUCCCCGGCAACACCAUCACAGCAGAGCGGGAACGAGGCCACGUCGACAUGCCCCGUCUGCGCCCACCCCUUCCCGGACCCGCGCAACCUGGCGGCGGUGAACGCGCAUCUGGAUCGCUGUUUGUCCGCGUAUACGUGAGCUGGAAUCAGCGAAUACACCCCGUUUUGGACGCGUUUUGGGGGUUCUUUUUUGGGGAUGCGGGGGAUGUACUGUAUGUACGGUGUAUAUAUUGGACGCGUAGUUUUUUUUUCACCGGCAAAUCGGACGAUGGAGAACCCCCGACCCCGCUGUUGGCGAACGCAGAUGGGUUUUUAACGGUUCGGGUGAUGGAUACGCAAGGAACGGGCGUUUCCAAUCUCAUGAGUGAAGCGUAUGAGUGUGGAAUGAGAACGGGGGGUACGCCGACGAAGGGGAAAGCGGCAGGCUGACUUGGCAG